AAUAUGCACUCUCUAAGAUAUAAAUAUUUUGCCUUAAGAUUUAUUAGUACCUAUGUUUACUGAUCUUAAUGCUCGUGGCUCAAUUUUUUUGGGGAAUUAGAUGAUAUAUAAGGCAAAUCCACCUGUGCGUCACUAAAGGGGCUCAAAUAAUAACCAUACCUGGCUGUAUAGAAUGUAUAUAUACACUGUCUAUAUUACAGUCACAUAUUGCUCAUAUAAAUAUUUAUGUUGCUGUAGAGUCACCUAGGUCACUCAAAAACCUAACAAAAUACGUACCCAUACGAUGUGCGUGUAUAUACAUGUAGGCCAGCCUUAUCCGGAGUUAGAAUUGCUGUAGAAUUGCUGUAGUCUGCAUGUAAUAAUUAUGGUUACUAACAUAGCACGCUAUAUUCGCUUCCUAAAAUCGCACACAACCCAACCCAACAGGUCACAUAGAGCAGCUUUCUGUGAGCAUUUAAGAGAGGAAUAUUCACUGGGCUGAAGAAAAUAUAUUAGGAAUGAAGAUAGCAAAAAUGCUGAUCCCCUUCUAGGAUUGGAUUACCCAGUUGUCAGAAGAGCUCGCAGCAGACUAUCAAACAAACUGCACGCCCUUUAAGCUCACCACUAACAUACAUUAAUUUCCUUCAUAGUAGAGUAGCGCCCUGCUUCAGGUUCUGACACAAAACUGCUAUCUUGCAGUGGCCAAUAAGUGAUUUGAAAUUAGCCAUGAUUGAUAUAUUCCAGAGUCCAAACUCGACAAUGCAGCCGUGUUAAGAUUACUAGAAUAAUGCAAUGUGCCCUCUUCCUAUAGAACUCAAUUCUGAUUAGGAUUGUGUAAUGUACCAUCUUCCUUAACAACCCAAUUGUGUAAUAUAGUAUGUACCAUCUUCCCAAACUACCCAAUUGAUUAACCCCUCUGAAAUCUGCUACAUUAUGACGUGGAAAUGUAUACGUGCAUUAUGACGUGCCCCAUCCUCGCCCUUUUCCUUAGGCUUGGUUUUAGCUAUGCUAGACAUUGAGUGAAACAGUGGCAUUCAGUGAAUCCCUCCCAGAUUUUUCUCAACGGUUUCUCCUCUGUGCUCUUAUUCCACGGGGACCAGAGUCCUUUUGAGGUCUGCUUCUUUUAGUUGCUACGCUGAAUAUGAUUUGUUUUCUACUGGUUUUACAUUCGGGAGGGACUUAGCCAACUAAGCCAACUAAACCGUAUUGGUGCUGGUUUUUUUGUUACACCUACAAUUGCCUGCAUUAAUUCUUCUGACUGAGUGCCUCUUUGGAUUUAGUAGUAAUACCAGGCUUGUACUAAAUGCCCCUUGAAAUCUCACCUUUUGUUCUGUCCUUGGUGGUGGUUCCUCUGAUUGUGUGCAUGUUGUUCACGAAAUGGAAGAGCACAGCAUCCAGGACGGCCAAAAUCAGGAAGUUGCUAGAACUGGCAGAAGAAGAAGCAGGCAAGGCUGAAGCUGAAGCUGCUGCAGUUGACUAUGGUAAUUCCAGUACCAUGUUGGACAGGCUUAACCAGUGUGCUAUUUGUUUUGGUCCUACAACAAGCCGCUGUUCUAGAUGCAAGACUGUGAGAUACUGCUCUGGAAAGUGCCAGAUAGUUCACUGGAGAAAAGGUCACAAGCAAGAAUGUCAACCAUCAGAUAGCAGAACUAAAUCUGAUAUUCCAAUUUUGUUCAAGACAGAGGAAGUUAAGACUUUGGAUGUGAAUAUACAAGAGGCAAGAAACUUUGUUUCUGGAUCCCAAAGGUUGGGUUCUCUUAGUGCUGAAGUUUCUGAAAUCUCUGCUUCAGGAGAGAUUGAUUUGCAGAUAACUAAUCCUAAAGCAACAGAAAAAGUUUCAGAUGUUGAGGUUUCGAAUGCAACUGAAUCUAGAGAACCAGCUGUUUUUACUGUUGAACCUGAAGUAAACAACUCAGAUAUCCAUUUAUCAAGUAACAUCUCAACACAUGUCCCUGCAACGGCUUCUCCCAUUAAUGGUAUGCAUGGCUGUCAAAUUACACUAUCUGAUCCUUGCAGUACAUGUACAGAAGCUUUACCACAUUAUGCAAACUCAGAUACUGGCAGCUCUUGUGAUGGAAUCGGUCUUUCCUCUGAAAAUAUUGUGAAUCAAGCUACCUUCCUAGCGGAUGCAGUGAAUCGUGUUCCUUGUUCCAGCGAGAAAAUGUUCAAUGCCUGUAAUAGUAAAAUGUGUGAUGAUCCAGUCCCUCCCAGUUUUGUCAAGAAUCUGACAGGGUGUCCCGUUUCUGAACACAAACUCAAUAGGUCUUUGAGCUUCACCCAUGAUCUUUCUAGUCCUGGUAGAUUUAUUUAUAUUACUGAAAUAACUCCAGAUAGUACACACGAAAGUUCUAAAUCCAAGAAUAAUAUCUGUGACCAUCCUCCUGACCACUCUUCAAUUACCGAUAAUCAUAUUGUUGAUACUGCUAGUUCUGAAAAUCAUAUUUCAGAUACUGAUAGUGAGAUAUCUCGUUUGGAUAUUCCAUUUUUUGGAAACUUUGAUGUCAACAUCUUUAGCUCUGCCAUUUCUAACCUUAAUGUCCCUUAUCUUCAGAGUUCUACUAGCACAUGUUCAGAAAGAUCUUUGAUGAUCGGUGAUACUGGUUCUAGCUCCUUAUUCAAUAUCAUUAAGUUUCAAAAUCAGGAGCCAAAUGAAUCCAAUACUACAAUCUCAGAAGAUGAAAUCCAGGGUCCAAGCACUACAAUGUCUAAUGGUGCAAUGGAAAUGUCUCCUCAAAUUGUUAUUUGUUCUUCUCAAAAUAAGGAAAGGGCUUCAGGUUGCACCUUUUCUAACGAAGAUGAUUCUAACAUUGAUGAUGAUUCGAUUUCCAUGCAUAAUCUAGACCCCACUGCCAAUGGUUUGAAUAGAACUGAAAAGAAAUCUGCAUGGCAUUCUAGAUCUCCAAAACCUGUGACACCAAACACUGCAAAAAGAACAAAUGAAUUUCUAGGGGAACCUGCCAAGUUACUCUUUCCAUAUGAAUAUUUUACCAAGCUUUUCAAGUGGGAGAAUUUGGAACUAGCACCUCGUGGAUUGAUAAACUGUGGAAACAGCUGCUUUGCCAAUGUGGUGCUUCAAUGCCUGACAUACACAAGACCUGUUGCAGCCUAUCUACUCCAUGGAUCUCAUUCCCAAAAAUGUCAGAAGAAAGACUGGUGCUUCAUGUGUGAGCUUGAGUUUCUUGUUUCCAGGGUGAGAGGAGGAGAUGGCGCCUUAUCACCAAUUAGAAUACUUUCUAGAAUUAAAAACAUUGGCAAUCAUCUUGGAUAUGGGAAACAAGAAGAUGCUCAUGAAUUUUUAAGGUUUGCCGUUGAUACUAUGCAGUCAAUAUGCCUUGAUGAAGCUGGCGGAGACGAAGCCAUUCAUCCAAUAACACAUGUCACUACCUUCAUUCAACAAACAUUUGGUGGCUAUCUUCAGUCAAAGGUGGAGUGUAAAAUGUGCAACUAUGAAUCUAAUCGAUAUGAAAUUAUGAUGGAUUUGACUGUGGAGGUAAAUGGGAAUAUAGAAUCUUUAGAAGAUGCUCUUAAACAGUUUGCAGCUGCUGAAUUUUUGGAUGGGGAGAACAAAUACAAAUGUGAUAGGUGCAAAUCCUAUGUCAAAGCUCAAAAGUGGUUGACUGUGCAUGAAGCUCCCAACAUUCUUACUAUUGCUCUGAAGAGAUUUCAGACUGGAAGCUUUGGUAAACUCAACAAGAUUGUUGCUUUUCCUGAAGUCUUAGACAUGUCACCAUAUAUGAGUGGAAAAGGUGACAAGCCACCCCUUUACAAUUUGUAUGCAGUGGUGGUUCAUUUGGAUAUGCUUAAUGCUUCUUUUUUCGGUCAUUAUAUAUGUUAUGUGAAGGAUUUGAAAGGGGCUUGGUACAAGAUUGAUGACAGUAAGGUCAAUCCAGUGUCAAUUGAUGCAGUAAUGGCUGAAGGAGCAUAUAUGCUUUUCUACUCUAGGUCUAGUCCAAGGCCACCAGCUAUUAUACUGGAUGGAAAGAUCCCAGGCUUUAAGAAUAAUUGUGCGUGUCAUGCUAUGCAAACUUCCUCAUGCAACAAACAUAAUGUAGAAGCUGAUGUGCCAAUUAGCCAGUUUCCUUUCUCGGGCUUCAGUGGAGCUGCUAGUAUUGAUAUAGGCCAUCCUGUCAAAGUUCAAGACAGAGAGAAUUGUUCCAUGGAUUUAGACUCUAUAAUUCCAGAUAAAGUUGAUACUUUUGGUUUCAAAGGUGAAAAACUUCAUCCAAUCAUGCAAGACAGGGACAAUGACUUAAUUUCAAGAGAGUCUGGAGAUUUAACGUCAAGUGAUGCUGGAUCUCUCUUCAGUGGCUCUGAUGAAACUUCAUGCAGCAGUGAUAGUAAUAGGGAUUCGAUAAGUACAGUGGAUCUGGCCGAAACAGUACCAGGAGACCCAAGAUAUCUUGCAUAUGGCGGUUUGAAUAUAGAUGAGGCUUGUGAAACUUCUAGUUCAUCUUCUUGCAUGGAAUUAUUGUCACGCCCUUCUGAAACACAGACAUUUGUUGAAAACAAACCUUCAAAAUGCCCUCCUGAAGUAGGUGCAAUUUAUGGAAACAAUUCCAUUUUUGCAGAUAAGUCCUCCAUAAAUCAAGGACUCAGGAAUAGAAGAACUGUCCAGGGAUUAUCCUUUUUAUCUAAUUCACAUAUUGCAGAUACUGAUAAACUUUCCCCUUGGACAAGUGUGAGCUCCUUUAAACUCUUUUGUCAGCCAUCGUCCAAUUCCGUUGUUUCUGAAGAAUCUCAGCCCAACGAUAUGUUAGAUUUUAGGGAAAGUAUCAUAAAAAGGGAGGAGUGCUUGCCUCAAUCUCCUCAUUGUUCUGGUGUCAAUAAAAAUUUAAAUUGUUCAAAAGAUAAUUUGUGCCAAAAUUUUGUGCUCUCAGCAAAAUGGAAGCAUGGUACAGAAAAAUGGAAAGCUGAAGAAAUAAAACGGUUGAAACUUCAAUCCCCAUCCCGAACUUGUAACACUAGUAAUAGAUUUGAGCAAUAUUUAGCAAAUGACCCUAAAACAUCAUCUCUUUCUGUAUUCCAAUCUUUGGGGUUUGAAAGAUGAAAGUGUAGCAUUAUAAAAUUUUGCUUCCCAUGGGAGCAUUGUUAUAUUUCAAGUGGGCAGAGUGCUGCUGCAAAAGAAGUUUUAAAAUGCUAUGACAGCAUGCAUGGUUGGUAUCUGUAUUUAACUUAAUAUUGAUCCUUGCUAAACGUUAAUUCCAGCCCAGUUAAAAUAAAGUAGCCUUUUAUAUGA